UACAAAUCGCAUAUCCAUGACUAUUGACGACAAAUGAAAUAACUUUAUCAAUUCAAGGUCAGAAUAUUUGUAUUUUAAUCAGUUGGCUUGGCCCUCAGUGCACUCACGAUUGUGUGAUACUUAUAUAUUUUUACAGUAUUUGCCAUGGCUUCUACAAUGUUAAAACUACUAAAAUCUGAAUCUCAACUACUACUACGUAGAAACUAUAGUAGUUCUGCACCAACAACAAAGCUCUACAUAGAUGGACAGUUUGUAGAGUCAAAAACAAGCAACUGGAUUGAGCUUACUAAUCCCGCUACCAAUGAAGUCAUUGGCAGAGUACCAGAGACAACUCAACAGGAACUAAACGAUGCACUGAAUGCGGCAAAGAAUGCAUACAAAUCAUGGAGCCAAAGUACAAUUUUAACCCGGCAGCAGCUAAUGUUCAAAUUUGCACGAUUGCUGCGAGAGAACCAAUCAAAAUUAGCAGCCAAAAUUACAGAGGAGCAGGGCAAGACCAUAGCCGAUGCGGAAGGCGACGUCCUACGAGGAAUUCAGUUAGUCGAACACUGUUGCAGUAUUACUACCUUGCAAUUGGGUGACUCCAUUCAGAAUAUUGCAAGAGAUAUGGAUACUCAUAGUUACAAAGUACCCUUGGGUGUGGUUGGUGGUGUGGCAGCGUUCAAUUUCCCAGUAAUGAUCCCGCUAUGGAUGUUCCCACCUGCAAUUGUGACUGGAAAUACGUGUAUUAUUAAACCUUCGGAACAGGACCCUGGAGCCACGCUGAUGCUGUUGGAACUGUUACAAGAGGCUGGAGCGCCACCUGGCAUCGUUAAUGCGGUCCAUGGUACCCACGAUCCGGUGAACUUCAUAUGCGAUCAUCCAGAUAUUAAAGCAGUGUCAUUUGUGGGCGGCGAUGCAGCUGGCAAACAUAUCUACCAGAGAGCAUCCGCCGCAGGUAAACGCGUCCAAAGCAACAUGGGCGCCAAGAACCACGGCGUGAUCAUGCCAGAUGCUAAUAAGGAACACACCCUCAACCAGCUGGCCGGAGCCGCCUUUGGCGCUGCGGGACAACGGUGUAUGGCACUCAGCACUGCUGUCUUCGUCGGUGAGGCCAGGGAAUGGAUCCCGGAGUUGGUAGUGCGAGCAAAAGGUUUGAAAGUGAAUGCUGGACAUGUUCCCGGAACCGACGUUGGCCCCGUCAUCUCUGUCAGGGCUAAGGAGAGGAUCCUCAGGCUCAUUGAAUCAGGAGUUAAAGAGGGCGCUCAAUUAGCACUCGAUGGCCGAGGCAUCAAAGUAUCCGGUUUUGAGAAAGGCAACUUCGUUGGACCGACUAUAAUUACCCACGUCACACCGACCAUGGAAUGUUACAAGGAAGAAAUCUUUGGGCCCGUCCUUGUAUGUUUAUUUGUAGACACAUUAGAUGAGGCCAUUCAAUUGAUCAACUCUAACCCGUAUGGUAACGGAACAGCGGUAUUUACAACAAAUGGUGCCACAGCAAGAAAGUUCGUCUCAGAGAUUGAUGUCGGCCAAGUUGGGGUCAAUGUACCUAUUCCCGUUCCACUAUCUAUGUUCUCAUUCAGCGGGACCAGAGGAAGCUUCCUCGGCACUAACCACUUCUGUGGCAAACAGGGUGUCGACUUCUUCACAGAAUUGAAGACUGUAGUCUCUUUCUGGAGACAAAGUGAUGUAUCUCACACGAAAGCCGCCGUAUCUAUGCCUACGCAACAGUAAAACGAUAAAUGUUUUCUCAUAAGCUUUAUUUAAUGAACCUCAGUAAUUUAUUUGUCAUUAUUUUUUAUUAUAACUAUUAGAAAUGAAUCUAAGCAUAACUUUUUCAUGUACUGAUAAGUAAUGUUCAGUUUAAAUAAUAGAAAAUGCCAUGUCUUCCAAACGUACCUGUAAUAUGUUUUUGUUAUUUAUUAUAAUAAUAAAUAAACUCACAAUUCUUAGAUAUAUUUUAAAAUAGUAUUUUUUUACAAGACUUCUCAGUGAGAUCUGUUUUUCUGUUGUUGAAUAAUAAAUAAAUAUAUUUUCUGAAA